ACAAGUGAAUAUGGUUACGGAAAAUGCAUCCAAGUCGUCGGAAAGUCAAAAAUGGCCGCAAAUUUUAGCGAUAUUAAUAGUAAGCAUAACUUCACUGAACAAUGGAGCGAUGUUCUCUUGGACUUCUCCAUUUAUGCUCACAGUGACAGAGGAUAAAGUUAAUUACAACAUCACCAUCGAAGAAGCGUCAUACUUCACUGUAUUUCCCCCGCUUGGCAUAUUAACCGCGAGCUUGGCGUUCUUCAACCUCAACGACUUAAUCGGGAGAAAAUGGACGUUAAUGGUACUGACAUUGCCCCAAUUUACUUUUUGGAUCACGACAAUAUUUGCGAGGAACGUUUACGUGUUCUACUUUGCCAGGUUCGUAAGCGGAAUGAGCGACGCGGCCAUGUUUUUCUCGCUCCCCGUUUACAUCGGCGAAAUAUCGACUCCGAAAGUGAGAGGAACAUGGGGAAAUCUGCAAACGUUCGCCUAUUAUCUGGGAACAUUCUCGAUCAAUUCAAUCGGCAGUUUCUUGGGAGUAAAACAAACGGCUUAUAUCUUCCUCUCGUUGCCGGUGCUCUUCCUGGUCGGUUUCUCCAUGAUGCCGGAAUCUCCCUAUUACUACAUAAUGAAAGGCGAGCAUGCGGAAGCCAAGAAAUCCAUACGAUGGUUUCUGAAGAAGGACAUCGUCGAGGAAGAGUUUCUUCAAACGAAACUAGACGUGGAACGUCAAAUUUCCGAAUCGGGAACGUGGAAAGACCUGUUUUAUAUCAGGAGUAAUCGAAAAGCGCUCCUGGCUGCCGUAUUCCUGCGUUACGCCCAGCACAUGGCGGGUUUAACGGUACUGCAGACGUAUACUCAGAUAAUUUUCGCUCGAUCCGGAGGCAGUCUCAGUCCUCAAAUCUCCGCGAUCAUCUACAGCGGAUUACUAUGCGGAUUUAACCCGAUGUCCGGACUGCUUCUCGAGAAAGUCGGCAGAAGAAAAUCGUUCAUGGCGUCCUGCUUCUUCUGCGCGUUUGCGUCACUCGUGGAAGCUAUAUAUUUCUACCUUAACGAUAACGUGACGUCGGUCAAUAUGGAUUCCGUACGGUGGAUCCCCUUAUGCGGCGUAGUCGGGUGGAUAAUAUUUUUUUCGGUCGGUUUGAGCAGCGUACCGACGCUGAUGCUCGGCGAAUUGUUUUCGGCCAGCAUCAAAACCAAAGGGCUUUGCGUAACGAAUAUUUGCUUCGCCCUCUCGUCCUUUUUCCAUACGUAUUUGUUUCAUUUGCUCAGUACUUACGUCGGUAUGUAUUGUCCGUUUUUAGUGUACUCGAUCGUAUCGCUGGCGAAUACAGCGUUGACUUUGUGGAUUAUACCCGAAACGAGGGGCCGUACGUUGGAGCAAAUACAGCAAGAAUUGAAAUCAAAGGGUGCCUAAAAAAUGCAAUUCGGAAUUAGUCGCUUUGAACCAACUUCGAUAGUAACGUCGGCCUAGAAUAGGACCGUUGUAUUUUUUCGACUAACGGGCGUUGUUCACAUAUUUGAAUUGGCGUAAAGUAAACAUUUUUUCACCGAUCUCGAAAUUGUUUACUUUUUUGUAGUAUUAGUGAGUGCGCCUGCGCUAAAUCUAAGAUGCUUCCGAAGUUUUCUGUUAUUAUUACUCUUGUUUCUAUUAUUAUGUUAUUAUACUGCUGAGCAAAGGAAUUCAACAAAUUUUAAUAUUUUGUGUGUAACAGCUAAC